AUGCCAUGUUCGGAUGCUAAAUUUGCAAACUCCGCAGCUAUUUACCUCUACAUCUGUCCCGAGAUGGAGCGUAUUUCGUCUCAGUUGCCCGAACCAUGCAAAGCAGCUCCAGUCGGAGAAAGUUUCCCCCUAUUAGGUCCAAUAGUGGAGAACACUUGGUUGAAUAGACAAGCUGGAAUGAGACUUAAUUUUGAGUGCAAAAUAUUUCAGGCUUCCAUCAGAAAUAACCUGUUCCAAUCUAGCAUCAAUGAGAAGAAUGCGGUUCAAGCGCGAUGA